AUGGAGCCUCUAUUAGCAGACUAUGGAUCGCCCUCCAAAGCCACGGUAUACACGGCAUUUGCAGCCAAAGAAAAUGAAUCAGACGUUGUACAGGUCAGGAAAAUAUGGGGAAUACAGAAAUAUUGAUUAUUUUAGAUAUGUGGUGAUGGGGCACACGGGAAUUCAACUUUGAUAAGUAAGUUUCGUGAUGUAUUUAUAUUAGACCGUUAUUGCCAUGCUGGACACAAGGUGGCCUCUUGAUUGGGAUGUUAGGCGUAAGCUCGUAAGCUCGAUAGAUGAACACUGGUCCAGGGUUGUCCCCUACCUGGGUCAUAUACUUUGCUCUUAAUGUGCCUCUCUCCAUCUAUGCAGGAGUGUCAAUGGGUCACAGGAGACUGGAUCAUCUAUGGUGGGCCAGCAUGUCCUCAUUCAUUUGUGAAUGUAAAUGAAGUAAUUGUUGUACUUAUUUAAACUUUUUUUCUCUUCCUCUGCUCAAUAUCAUCGUAGAUCCAGUUGAAUGGUCGUGGCUUAGUGGAUGUUUUGGUGAAUGGGGAAAGAGUUUUUAUCAAAGAAGAGAUAUUAUGUUACACUUGCCAUCGAAGUUCGAUGUCUUUACUCUAGGUUGUCGACAGAGUGUUUCAUAAUUGAUUGAUGGCCCAAGCGUGAUGUGCAUCGGUCUGUAGUCGACAGGAAACAGUGACAAAUCGUAAAUUGGGGAGAAAAACUACGACCCACUGCAGUAUUUGCAACGUGCAUCAAAUUGGUUUGGGCGAACGAUUAUUGGUUACUUAGAGCGGCUCCAUGUAUGACAGACGCGCUUCAAUUAAAACAUAAAAUUUAAUUAUUUGCAGGCAAGCCGGUUAAGGAGGAAAUUAAAGGAAUGAAUAACUGUUACAUAAAGAGAAACUUCUAACAAUAAGGUAAAGCAGAAGCAUAUUGCCUAAAUGUCUAUGCUUCUGAACACAGCUAUAAUAAGUACACUUAACAAGUUAUCUACAUUUGUAAGCCUGGUGCAAUAUGCAGUCGUAAAAGCAAUUUUUUCUAACCUUACUCAUAAAGGUUGCCCUGUGUAUCAAAUGUAUCAAGUUCAGUACCUCUUGAGUCAAAAGUUGAGCUUUUGGGGCUGCAAAGUAAUAAAAUAAGAACCUUGUAUCGGUCUAGCUCUCCAUAGAGUCUCUAUGGCUCAUUACAUGAUAGAACAUUGGAGUGCGGAAUUUGAAGGUCUGAGAUUCGAUUCUUUAUGUGGACUUCCUCAUUUUUUCCUUUGUCCCACGCUCGUUAAAAGACAUAAAAUAUAUUUCUCCACUUCAGUACUGAACGCAAAAUUUACCGUCUUUCCUAUUCUAAUUUUACAAACAAGGUAA